CCUUCGCCAUGGAGGAGCUGCGGUACCGCUCCGCCUCGGGAGCUCCUUUAGCGCUGAGGCGCCUCCAGCACAGCGCCUCCUGCCGGGAGCUGGCCGUGCGCGCGCCCCGCCUGCGUCUCCGCUCCCUCAGCACCGCCACCUCCGCCGCCUGGCUGGCGGCCUACGGGCUCUUCGUGCUCAGCGAGAAUAGUAUGGUGCUUUCUGCUGCUAUCUUCAUCACGCUGAUUGGCCUGAUCAUAUACCUGCACUUUGUGAAAAUUGACCAGGAAUCCCUAUUGGUCAUCGGCUCACUCGGCAUUCAAGUGACUUCAUCCUAUGCUUCAGGAAAAGAGAGCACAACCUUCAUUGAGAUGAGCCAAGUGAAGGAUGUGGUUAUCAAUGAAGCCAUCCAUAUGCAAAAAGUUAUCUACUACCUAUGCAUCCUUCUCCAGGACCCUGGAAAUCCUCAGGGAGUGUCUGAGGUUGUGCCACUCUUUCAGAGCUCCAAGCCACGUCUGGACUGCUUGAUAGAAGUGUACAAAAGUUGUCAAGAAAUCCUGGAGCAAAGGAAGACAGCUCCACAAUCAAGUGGUAUAAAAUAGUGAAGAAAAACAUCCAGGCAAUAAACUUGCAUCAGGACUUGGAGAGACACAUGGAAAAAGCGAGAAACUGCCUUGUGACUUUUUUUUUUUUUUAACAAGAUGAGUAGAAAGUGGUGCAGCAAUGCAGUGAUAUUAGGGCUAAAGGCCUACCCGGACUCACAGAGUUGUUACAGAAAAUGUCAGCUCAAGCACACAAGCGAAACUUGUAAUCCUGUGCUGGGAAGACAGGUGAGCAAAACUUUUUAGAAUCAGACAGAAGUGUCUUUUUCUUACUUCUCCAGAAAAGAAUUAUGGGGAAAUAGAGCAAAGGGAGGCAAGAACAUGCAACAAACGCUUAUUCUUUUGUGGAUCUGAAAAUUCUGAUAAACUCACAGUGUAACCUUGGCUGGACUGCCAAAAGUGUGUUUGGGUUUUUUUUUCUAUUUAGCCCUUUGAAAAAAAGCUCUAACAAAACUGAUGGGUGGGCUGGGAUGGCAGCUUCCUAAUCCACCAGAGAACUUCAGAAUGAAAAUAAUAGAAAAUUGAAAUAUACUGUUGCAUUCACUUACAUUAAAUGAAAUAAACCUGGAGCAGACCUCCAAUAUUGUCCUCUUCAGAGAUCUGGUUGCCAGAGUCCUUUGGGAUGGGACCCUAGAGGGGAGAGGGUUCCAAGAAAGCUGAUUGAUGUUCACGCAUCAGGUCCUCCAAGCUCAACAACAGUCCAUCCCAGUGAGAUGGAAGUCAAGCAAAAAUGCCAGGAAGCCUGCAUGGAUGAAUGAGUUGCUCCUGGAAAAACUCAAACACAGAAAGCAGGCAUACAGAAGGUGGAACAGGUAACCUGGGAGGAAUAUAGUGACACUGAAGUGUGGCGAGGAAGGCCAAAGCCCACCGGGAGUUGAAGCUGUUGAGGGAUGUCAGAUGCCACAGAAGUGCUUCUAGAAGUACAUAAAUAGCAAAAGGAAGACAUGGAAAAUGUGGACCCGUUGCUGAAUGGGGCAGGGCGUGGUGACAUAGGACAUAGAAAAAACGUGGCAUUAAAAGGGGUGUAUCAGUUGCUCUGAGAAUAUGAAGAAAAUGUGUGUUUGAAAAUGAUGGUAAUGAUUACGUGAACAAAGUUUUAUUGAUCUGUGCUCUAAGGAGUAACUUAAGCUUGGGAAAUCUUUUGUUGCUGAGUUACUGAAACAUUUGAGCGGAACUUUUUUUUUCCCAUGACUCCUUAGUAAUGUAACUGAGCUGACUGAAAUGUCCAAACAAGAGCUAAACCAGCAACCUGCAGGAGCCUAGGGCCCAAGCUUAAUUUGCAUACAAUUCCAAACUAUGGUUGUCUACAUCAUCUAGAAUUAAAACGUGUAGCAACACACCAUUGUACAAUUCAGUACAGAUAAGGGGGAUUGUUUUGUUUUCAUGUUGUCAUGAAGUUCAAAGGGCACAGAUUAGCUCUUGUCACAGGAAAUACUGUCCUUGUCCAAGUGAAAAGCAGCAGACUGGGGAUGUGCCACUGGCUUU